AUGGUCAGAGUUAAGAAUAGAUACAUUACUUUCAAAAUUUUGUAUCCUCCAUCACCCAAAGAUACCCCAUACAACGAUGAACCAAUUCCUCAACUCGAGAUCCUCAAAUCAUCAUCGCCGUCAAUCAAUCAAAAAUCCCUUGCGGCAAUUUUCCGAGAUCAUCUUCAAGUCAAUUUCGGGGAGUUUGCCCAAGGUACCAUAGCCCCAGUAUUGAGUGUACGGUAUUUUCUGAAUCGAACCUCGACGGGGAUCGUCAAAGUGGGCAGAGAUGAUGUUGAAAUGGUGUGUUUUGCGAUGAUGUGUAUCCAGAAAUUAUAUGGUCAAGAAGUAGUGGUACUGAUAGUUAGAAUCAGCGGAACAAUAAAGAAGGCCCAGGAUUUCUUAAUUGGGGAAAAUAAGGAGUUGGUGAAUGAGAUAAGAGAUAUCACUGGAUGA